CGCUGUCUACCGCAGCUCAUGCACACACGCACGCACUCUCAAACGCUGGUUGUAUCCAUCGCUGACUACUGUGACUCUCAUCCUCGAUCCCACACAUCUCGCUGCCGUCGCUGCAAUCCACGCAGAGAGACACCGCCACACACUACAACAACGUCAUGACAAACGAGGACAAAGCAUCGGGCCAUCCCCGCCGUGCCGCCGAACCUGCCGUUGAGGAGCGUGGUGCACAGGGCUCGGGCCAGCCCACGGCAGUCGUCAAGAAACCACAGCCCUCGCUCCCGCCAAUCCUCAAGUAUGGCACAGGUGCUGUCGCCACCAUGGGAGCGUGUAUCUUCAGCAAUCCACUGGAAGUCAUCAAGACGCGCAUGCAGCUCCAGGGCGAGAUGAAGUCGUACGGCACGUACACCAAGUCAUACCGCAACGUCUUCCACGCCGGUUACCUCAUCUUCAAGAACGAGGGCGCCGUGUCCGGAGCUGUGUCGUCGUGUUUUGGUAGUCCGUUUUAUCUCGUCAAGACGCAGCAGCAGGCGCAGUGUGCAACGCAGGCCGCUGUCGGCUACCAGCACCACCACAAGUCUGGGCUGGAUGCGUUUCGCGGUAUCCUGCACGAGUCUGGCGUGAAGGGCCUGUGGCGUGGCGUGACAGGCUCCAUCCCACGCCUCAUUGUCGGAUCGAGCGUCCAGCUCUCCACGUACUCGCAGAGCCGUGAGGUGCUGCAGAAGUACACGCCAAUGGAAGAGGGUGUGCUGCUCCACUUCUCCGCAUCAAUGCUUGCAGGCAUGUUUGUCGCGGUCGCCAUGAAUCCGUUUGAUGUUGUCGCCACGCGCCUGUACAACCAGCCCGUUGACCCCAAGACGAAGAAGGGCCUAUACUACCGCAGCGUUGGCGACUGUCUCGUCAAGAUCUUCCGCACAGAGGGGCUGCGCGGCCUCUACAAGGGCGUGAUGCCGCUGUAUCUGCGUCUUGGGCCUCAUACUGUGCUCACGUUUGUGUUCUGGGAGCAGCUGCGCAAACCCUUUGAGCAGCACCAAGUCCAGCUCUGAACCGCACUACCGUAGUCAACCUCCAACAAAAUCUGUGUGUGUCUGUGUGUGUGUGUCUGUCUGUCUGUCUGUGUGUGUGACUGUUGUGGACAACGAUGGCUGUGCUAUUGCUCUGCUUGUUGUUGGGUUGUGCCACUUGCUUGUGUUCAUACACGCCAUUUAGCAACACAGUUCGCUCCAUGUCUCAGCUUGCACUGCCCCUCUCCCUCCCUCCCUCUCCCUCUUGCACAAGCACAUUUUUCCGUGUGCGCGUGCCUGUUUGUGUGAGUGUGGGGACUGCUUUAAUCACAUAAACAACCCGCCAUGCGCGUGCGUGCGUGUGUGCGUGCGUGUGUGCGGGACGCGCCAGACUGGAUGCUGCCCA